UAGCGGACCAGUGCACACAUCAAUGAACCCAUAGAGACAUCAUCAUAUCAAUCAUCGCUUUAAAUGCUGUUCCCUUGACCUUGAUAUACAAGUGGAGGACAUUAUAUGGUCUAUCGUCUCUACAUUCAGGGUAUUCGUGGUGGCCUCUGCACAAUUAUCGGACUGCUCCAAGGAGAACUCAACCUGUGAGUCAGCAACUUCACGAGAACCUGUUGGGACUGCCGAAUCGGGCGACUCAAUGAUUCAGCGAUUUCUAAUGGAGGAAAUGGGAUUCCGAAGGUAUAUAUAUCUCGAGCUAGGCAUUCCCAGGUGCUGUUGAGCAAGUUCACUCGUCCAAGUACUAUCACCAUGACUCCUCAAAGUCGUCUGAUCAAAGCGUAUCCAUGGAUCAAACUUCCUUUAAUCGCCUGCGGGCCGAUGCGUAUGAUCGCCCUUGCCAAACUUGCCGUGGAGGUGUCUCAAGCAGGCGGUAUUGGUUUCUUAGCCGGUGGCACAUCCACCACCAUCCCUGACUUCUCCGCCCAACUCUCCACCGCACGCUCUCUCGUCUCCUCAUCAUCUCUUGCUUCUUCCUCAAGCGAAGUUCUCCCGAUCGGUGUCGGCUUCAUCCUGCACUCCGGCCUCUCCCUCUCCGCGGCCCUCCCCAUCCUCUCCCACCACCGCCCCGCCGCCGUCUGGCUCUUCGGUUGGCCCGACCGGGCGACGCUCUCGUCCUGGGCCGACGGAGUGCGGACGGCGACCGAUGGCACGACGACCGUCUGGGUACAGGUCGGCACGGUCGCCGAGGCGCUCGAGGCUGUCGACGUCUGCUCGCCCGAUGUGCUCGUGGCGCAGGGGAGCGACGCGGGUGGCCAUGGUCUGGUGCAGUCCGCGAGCGUUGUGGCUUUGGUGCCGGAAGUGAUCGAUGCCAUCGCGGAGCAUGUGGCGGAUGCUGCGAAACGACCCAUUGUGCUUGCUGCGGGGGGGAUCGCGGACUCGCGGGGCGUCGCGGCGGUGUUAUCGCUUGGGGCGCACGGGGCGGUCAUGGGGACGCGGUAUCUGGCAUCGACGGAAGCGGUGCUGGCGUCUGGAUAUCAGCAAAGCGUGGUGCAGACAAAAGACGGCGGGCUGAGCACGGCGAGGACGAAGAUUUACGAUCAAUUACGCGGGACGACCGGUUGGCCGGAGCGAUAUAACGGACGGGGAAUCCUGAACCGUAGUUAUUGGGAUGCACUGGAUGGCGUGGACGAGGAGAAAAAUAAGGCGUUGUAUAAAGAAGCAGAGAAACGAGCUGGCACGGAGGAAGAGGGUGUCUGGGGACAACAGGGACGGAUGACGAUAUAUGCUGGAGCAGGUGUAGGCUUGGUGAAGUCGGUGAAGCACGCGGCGCAGAUCACGGAGGAGGUAAGGAAUGGAGUUGGAGAUGUACUGAAGCAGGCUAAAGGGGUAUCUAGGCUCUAGGUCUAUACCGAAAAUGUAAAGUAUCGAGUGAGUCUAUGUCGAACGAACUACGAUUUCGAAGCCUUGUUACAAUUCACAUCAAUUAAGUUGUCGAUAGAGACGGGAUGUUAGAACUUCCAUCGUACAAUAGAGUAUAUACAAAAUUUAUCC